AACUCUAUUUUUCCAACAGCUCAUGCACUGCUGUUUGUAGAAGAUCAUCCAUGGUAGAUGAUCUCCUGCUCUCCAUAUAUAGACACAACCGUCGUAGCGACAGCAUCGAGGAGUCAGACACUCUAACCGAGCACUCCACCACCUCUGAGACGCCGCACGUCGCGUCUCUGCUCCAGACGAGGACUGUGAGACGCUGCCCCUCCGGCGGGGUUGUGCACCGCCGCUCCAGACUCGUCAAUAAAGAUGUGAAUGAGCUUCGGUUGCUGGUUGCCUCUUUGCAGGCAUCUCUGUCUAGCCAGUGCGCCAUGCUCAUCAGGGAGCUGAAACGACGAGACAAACUUCAUUACCGUCGAGAUCAACAGAAUGAUGUUAUCACAGCAAUACUCCAUGCGUUGUCACAGAAGCGAAGUGAGUAUUUCUUUUCAUGUUUUUAGAUGCACUUUUGAAGUUAUUGCUAAUAUGUCAUUAUUAUUUUUAGUGAUAUUAAUAAUGAUGCUCAUAAACAAACACUAUAAGAGGAACAGUAUGAUUAUAUACAAAAAUAGUAAUGAAUAUGAGGCCUA